AUGCGCCUAGCACCGGUCAGCGAAGCAUUACGCUUCAUACGGCCCCGACUUCUCGACGCACUCCUAGGAACCAAUCGCAACCUGGUCAUGCAAGCGUUCAGUCUCCCACCCCAAGUCUUCAUACUCUGCAUCACUAUCGCCGCUACGCUAUGGGACGCUCUGGUAAUCAUCGUGAGCAUUCUGAUCGGCGUCGACAUCUUUCGUGAUCUGCUUUUCCCAAACCCCGAGGUCCGCCAACGUGGGAUCGCUCCCUUCGGUCGCAUUCAGGUGGUUUGCGCCAGCAUCAGCGUCGCGUACUCGAUGUAUCGACUCUCGGGAUGGAGUGCACACCAAUCUGCACACAUUGCUCAGUGGAUCUUGGGAUUUGGCGACCAACCAGUAUCACCUGCGAUGGAGCUCGUAUUUGGCCAUGCUCCAGCAUGUGUCUGGUCAGUGAUUCAAAUCUUCCUGUGCUAUGUCGUGAUUCGUCCAGGACUUGACGACGAGGGAAGAAUAGAAUGGUUGGAUCAUACACUCGACCUUGCGCAGCGGCAAGUGGCAGUACACCCGAUGUACGCUGUCGCCAAGCACAAAAAUGAGGUACGUACUUUCAGCAACGUCCCUGCUGCCGAAUUCUGGGCUAACGCAGGAAACGAAACGUGCCCGAUCUGCUUGGCGGACUUUGAAGAGGGCGAUAGAUUCUGGACGCUGCCCUGCAAUCACUACCUUCAUGAAUCUUGCGCCGAGGAAUGGUGGAAGCAGAGGCUUACUUGCGUUAAGUGCACAAGGACAUUGGAGUGGCGCUUAGCGAUCAAGGAGUAA